AUGCUUGAGUUCAAGACCACCGGCUUCAACGGCUAUGCCGUCAAGUACUCUCCAUUUUUUGACAACAAAAUUGCGGUUGCAGCAAGUGCGAACUUCGGUCUCGUUGGCAAUGGCCGCCUUUACAUCCUCCGGCUCACCCCGCAUGGCAUCCAAGCCGAGAAGUGGUUCGACACGCAGGACUCGGUUUAUGACACUGCCUGGUCGGAGGGUCAUGAGAACCAAAUCGUCGCAGGCUGCGGUGAUGGCUCGGUCAAGCUCUAUGAUAUCGCCCUGAAUGAAUUCCCUGUUCAAUCGUACGAAGAACACAACAGGGAGGUUUACGCAGUUCAUUGGAACCUGGUUGCAAAGGAUACUUUUGCUUCCAGCUCGUGGGACGGAACUAUCAAGAUUUGGUCACCAAUGCGUACCGCAUCUAUCCUGACCUUGCCUACCCACUCCUGCACCUACAGCACCGCCUUCAGCCCUCACUCUCCAUCCAUCAUCUCCUCGGUCACCUCCGAUUCCCACCUGCGCGUCUUUGAUCUCCGCACUCCAGCUUCGGCUCGCAACCAUCUGGUCAACCUGAUCCCCAUUCAUGGCCAGCCUCCUUCGUCCAAUAAUCAUGGACCAUUCUCGCCACCAUCCGAAGCUUUGACUCAUGAUUGGAACAAGUACAGAAACACAAUCAUUGCCACUGCAGGUGUUGAUCAGAUUAUCCGUACCUUCGAUUUGAGAAACCCACAGGGCGGUCCGGUUGCACUCUUGAGGGGACAUGACUAUGCUGUACGCAGAGUUGCAUGGAGCCCUCAUCUGAGCGAUGUCCUUAUAAGCGCCAGCUACGAUAUGACCUGCCGCGUCUGGACAGAUGGCACAGCUAUUGGUCAGAACGCCCACCUUGGAAACACUGCUCUUGGAGCUGGCGGACGUGAGCUGGGCCGGAUGGGUCAUCACACUGAGUUUGCCACUGGUGUAGACUGGUGCCUUUUCGGUUCCGAGGGCUGGUGCGCAAGCACUGCCUGGGAUGAGCGUGUGUUGGUCUGGGAUGUUCGCUCCUUCAUGAUGGGAUGA